AUAGUGUUUAUAUUCAAUGAACUUAUUAAUACUUAAUUUUUAAUUUUCAUUUCUCUGUUUCUGUGAUUUGAAAGUUUUUUCUGUCACUCAUUCCCAUCAACACAUAAUCGCAAACAUGGAUACAUUGAGAACAUUAAUAGUAUUAUCAUCACUCGUGACCACAAUGAUGUGCAUAUCUGUGCAUUUGGAUCAGUUUCACACACUUAUAGGCGACCGCUGUUUCAACGAGACCUACGACCGGAAGCCACUGACGUUGGGGCAGAAGAAUCCGGUCGGCCUUUCCAUCGAGAAUCUGAUUUCACUCAUUGAGAAGAUUGAGGCCAAACGACCCCAACUCAGUGCUCAACAAAUUGUGUUACUUAUACUCAGAAGGUUCCACAUCGAUGGUCUCCAUCUGAAUGGUGUGGUGAACAUCCAGUCGCAGAUCGAGAUGAAGCACCGGAGGAUCACCGAAGAGAUAAUGAAGUCGAGCACGGAGUCGGGCAUCGGGAACGUGGAGUUCCCCGAAGAGAUCCUCACGGAAGACGAGAAGUGCGCUCUGUUUUACACACUCUCUCAUACGGUCAACGAGACGGCCAGACAUGACGACGAGAUCGCGCACACCUACCACAAGACAGUACACCUCUCGAGGUCGGCAACGAAACCCAAUAAUAAGACAGUGGUUCUCAAGAGCGAGGCUCCCGUUCCCAUUCAGUCGGAGUUCCUUCAGAGCAAACCCAACAAAACGGGACCCCCUUCCCCUUUGAAGCCGCAGACAGUGAAAGCGCAAGAAACUAAACAAAUACCUCAGGAAGUAGUGGCCGGUCCUGUCGUGGAUGACACCACCGCUAAGAGAACCAAACGACAGGCCAUACCCCCUGUUCAGCCCAUUAAAAAGGGACAACAUAUCAAUAUACCAGUGUCAGGGCCGAGUAGUAUAAAGCUGACCCGACGUCCCCGUGAGAAAGGUGUGGCCAGUUUUCGUAACGACAAGACUAUGGCCAUCGCCGCCAAUCGGGUGCUUUUGGGAACGGCAGUCGGCUUACUGUCACCGCUACCCAAAUCCACGCACACUCUCAUCAAAACCAUUGCCAACAUUGAUAUCAACACAAAUCACGGCAUACCUGACGGACAGAUCGACCCCUUAUUAGCGGUCACUCUAUCGGAUCUGUUGGGCAUUGACGCGGGCUCUGGACUCACGAUACCGGCCGGGGAUGUGUUGUUUGGUGCUGAGGGCCACUGGAACUCAACGGCCUGUCAGACCAGUUAUAAGCUGAUGAGUAACGGCACUCUCGCCACUCUGGCUGAGCUCAGGGGUGGACUCGACGGCUGGAAUAUUGGCCGC